UCAAAAUGGCGACUGGUACGGAAUCUCCGGAACCGUGGUAUCUUGCACUUCUCGGUUUUGCGGAACAUUUCCGAACAUCGAGUCCUCCAAAAAUACGACUAUGUGUACAUUGUCUUCAAGCCGUUUUUCAGUUUAAACCCCCUCCACGGAUUGAAGCACGGACGCAUCUUCAACUCGGUUCUGUUCUCUACCAUCACACGAAGAACACUGAUCUUGCCCGAACUCAUUUGGAGAAAGCGUGGUUCAUAUCUCAACCCGUUGCACAAUUUGAAGAUGUCAAAUUCGAAGCUGCAAGUCUUCUCUCAGAAUUAUACUGUCAACAGAACCUGGUGGAUUCAGCGAAACCCCUACUCAGAAAGGCCAUCCAGAUCUCGCAGCAGACGCCUUACUGGCACUGUCGCCUCCUGUUUCAACUGGCACAACUUCACACCCUGGAGAAAGAUCUAGUGUCGGCCUGUGACCUGCUGGGCGUGGGGGCAGAGUAUGCCAGAGUGGUGGGAUCAGAAUACACCAGGGCUCUCUUUCUCCUGAGCAAAGGAAUGCUGUUGCUGAUGGAGCGCAAGCUACAGGAAGUGCAUCCCCUGCUGACGCUGUGUGGCCAGAUCGUGGAGAACUGGCAGGGAAACCCCAUCCAGAAGGAGUCGCUCAGAGUCUUCUUCCUGGUGCUACAAGUCACACACUACCUGGAUGCAGGACAGGUGAAGAGUGUGAAGCCGUGCCUGAAGCAGCUGCAGCAGUGCAUCCAGACCAUCUCCACUCUCCAUGACGACGAGAUCCUGCCCAGCAACCCGGCCGACCUCUUCCACUGGCUACCCAAGGAGCACAUGUGUGUGCUCGUCUACCUGGUGACAGUCAUGCACUCCAUGCAGGCUGGCUAUCUGGAGAAGGCGCAGAAGUACACAGACAAAGCUCUCAUGCAGCUGGAGAAGCUCAAGAUGCUGGACUCCAGCCCCAUCCUGUCCUCCUUCCAGGUCAUCCUCCUGGAGCACAUCAUCAUGUGUCGCCUGGUGACCGGACACAAGGCCACCGCCCUCCAAGAGAUCUCUCAGAUUUGCCAGCUGUGCCAGCAGUCCCCGCGGCUGUUCACCAACCACGCCGCCCAACUUCACACUCUACUCGGUCUCUACUGCAUCUCGGUGAACUGCAUGGACAACGCUGAGGCCCAGUUCACUACUGCCUUGCGGAUUUUGUCCACCGGUUCACAGCUCACCACCCACCAGGAGCUGUGGACGUUCAUCGUGACCAACUUGGCCAGCGUCUACAUCCGGGAAGGCAACAGACACCAGGAGCUCUACAGCCUGCUGGAGAGGAUCAACCCAGACCACAACUUCCCUGUCAGCUCUCACUGUCUCCGAGCUGCUGCCUUCUACAUUCGCGGCCUUCUGUCCUUCUUCCAGGGGCGAUACAAUGAAGCCAAGCGUUUCUUGAGAGAGACCUUGAAGAUGUCUAAUGCAGAGGACCUGAACAGAUUGACUGCCUGCUCCCUGGUGCUACUGGGACACAUUUUCUAUGUGCUUGGGAACCACCGGGAAAGUAACAACAUGGUGGUGCCAGCCAUGCAGCUGGCCAGCAAGAUUCCUGACAUGUCUGUUCAGCUGUGGUCCUCUGCGCUUCUCAAAGAUUUGAACAAGGCAUGUGGGAACACGAUAGACGCCCACGAGGCCGCCCAGAUGCACCAGAACUUCUCCCAGCAGCUGCUGCAGGACCACAUCGCCGCCUGCAGCCUGCCAGAGCACAACCUCAUCAGCUGGACGGAUGGCCUACCGCCCGUGCAGCUCCAGGCCCAGAACGGCCCCACCACCAGCCUCGCCAGCCUGCUGUAGAGGGGGCAACACAGCAAGCUUCCCCCAGAAGGGUCAAAGACGUGCAAAAUGGCAUUGUCAUUCAGUGUAACGGAUUCCUUCUGCUGUAACUGUACUGUUACUGUACUGUACUACUGUAACGGUAAAAAAAACAUAUUUUUUAAAUUGUUUCAAGUGAAUGGAUGACAGCCGAGGCUUUCAUAAAUUCACUGGAAAAAAAAUAAAAUAAAGAGUCGUGUUUUUUACAGUUACAGUCAGCAGAAGGUAUCUGUUACACUGAAUGACAAUGCCAUUUUGCACGUCUUUGACCCAGAAGCGCCAUGGAAGAGAGCCCACAAACACGUUUUGUCGGACCGCUUAUGUCUCCCUCUUUAAGGGACGCCCAAUCUAGCCUCCUGUAGAAUCAGGCCUCUCCGUGUGGACCGAUAAUGAACAAGUCCUCUUGCCACGCAAAUAAUUUAUUUAUUCAUCCAUUCAUUCUUUCAUUCUUCUUUCUUUCAUUCAUGUGUAUUUUUAUAAGUGUGAAUACUCCACAUCACCCGUUUUGUUUUCUGUCAGUAUAACAUCAAAGUUGCAUGGACACUGUAGCGUUGGCUAUCCAUUAAGUUAAGACAUACAGUGCAAAUCACCAUAAUAACACCACCACUUGGAUCAUAUGAAAUAAUUCUUGUGUAAUCAUUCUUACUUAUUUGUGAUGACUGUAUUUUGAGCGGAUAUAGAUUUUCUACAUUAUAGGGUUAUCAGUGACAGGCCAGGUUAGCAAUACUGUUUUAGCGCCUUUUGAUUUUCUCCUUGGUUUCUACGGAGGCUUGUGUGUCUGUGCAUAUUGGCUUGCAACUGCAAGUUUGAUGGUCUGGUAAGAUUUAUUUCCUAUCUCUAGACUUUUGUAUUUACCCAUUUAAAACUUUUCAAAAAUGCCAGCUUUAACCUGUUAGAUGCAAAAUGCAUGCAUGUAUACUUGUAGUUGAUUUAUUGAUUUAUUGUAAUAAUUUUUGUAUUCCUUUUUUUCUGAAUACUAUCCAUGGGACAUUUUGGAUUGGGCUACCUCAAUUUUUAUCCAUACAGUUUUAAAACAGGUCUGAAGUUGAAAAAAAAAAGAUAAAUGAGGAUUGCCCCAGAUUAAACACUCACUGAAACACAGUACAAAAGCGUAUGUAACGACGACGGCAUUGAGUGGCUUCAUAUCCAGUGUACAGACGAUGCUACAGAAGCUCAAGAUGUGAAACGGCAGAAUGGAACUCUGUGUUGUUACAAAAAUAAAAUUUUAAUUUUUCCCACUUAAUA